GACAAGCAAGACAGAACACUCCAUGAGCAAUCCAGAUCAUUCCAGAUUAUGGAGGAGGAUGCGUCUUGGUGUUAUCCUGCUAAUAAACACGGGCUCGGUACCGGCGACUGGGGAACGUCUAUACUGGGUGCCUUGAAGGGCCACAAUCAGCCACAGAAGGAAGGCCCCAUUUCCCCAUUACAAGAGCAGGGGGAAAGGUUGGUAUCCACUCAUACUGGUGACACCGAUGCAGAAACUGGAACCUAUAUGACAGACAACGUCUUGCCCUCAAGGUACAACUAUGGCGCCAACAGAGCUGGCCGGAGGAUAAAGUACCGAGCCUGGUCGGGUCACAGGCAGUACGUGUGCCUGGACUGCGGCAAAAGCUUUACGCACAGCUCCACGCUCGCCACACAUCAGAGGACCCACACGGGGGAGAAACCGUACGCGUGCCCCGACUGCGGCAAGUGCUUCACUCGGAGUUCGACUUUGGCUACCCACCAAAGGAUCCACAGCGGGGAGAGGCCCUACGCAUGCAUAGACUGCGGGAAGAACUUCAUCCAAAGCUCCCACCUGGUGUUGCACCAGAGGAUACACACGGGGCAGAAGCCGUACUCCUGCCAGGAGUGCGGGAAGUGCUUCAGCGACCGCUCCCACUUCGUCAUUCACCAGAGGACUCACACCGGGGAGAGGCCUUACAGCUGCAACCAGUGCGGCAAAAGCUUCAGCAGCAACUCCAACCUGGUGACCCACCACAAGCUCCACACGGAGAGCACCAUUUACAUCUGCAACCAGUGUGGGAAAAGCUUGAGCAACCGGCUCACCUUCGCCAGCCACCAGAAGACCCACCUCGCGGAGAAGCCCUUCGUGUGCGUGGAGUGCGGGAGGGGGUUCACCCGUAAGCUCCAGCUGGUGCUCCACAAGCGGAUACACACGGGAGAGCGGCCGUUCGAGUGCCAGGAGUGCGGCAAACGCUACACCCGCAAGUCCUACCUGAUCAUCCAUCAGAAGGUCCACGUGGAGGAGGUCCUUUUUGUCUGCGGUGACUGCGGGGAGCGAUUCCCUGGGCACGCCGGUCUCAAGAGCCACCAAAUAUCCCAACACGGGGCCCAGGUCAAAGCCUGAGUGGAGGACAUAACCGUGCCUUAGGGAUCAAGAAAGGUGGAGAGACG